UUACAGUGCAAAUAAAACGAGAUAACGGGCCGUGGACAGCGAGCUAAAACUUUUUAUUCUGACAUGUCAGAGCAAUGACUUUUGUGUAAACAUAAACCUGGGACACGGAUCCCAGCGAGGGAAUAGGGUCUGUGCUGGAAGAAGAGAGAGAAGCGCUGAUUUUUUUCGGGGUGUGGAAAACCGGACGGCGCAUUCACAGUAUACUCCCAACAAGUUUGCCUUUUCCAAAAAGUAACAGUGGAAGAGUAAAAGUUACAGUAACAACAUGAGCCUGUUGUCUGCUAUAGACACCAGUACCUCAGUGUACCAGCCUGCACAGCUUCUCAACUGGGUUUACCUUUCUUUACAAGACACGCAUCAGACGAGUGCCUUCGAUGCCUUCCGACCCGAGCCCAACUCUUCCCAUCCGGACCUGAACUACAGCAAAACUCCUGCCAAUGACCUGAGCUCCUCUCUCAACUCGAACUAUCUCAACAACUUCUUUCAGCUUCAGAGGAACGAGGCUCUGAAUAAUGGUUUAUACAAAAGCGUGUCCCCGUAUGGCUCUCUUAACAACAUAGUGGAUGGGCUGAACUCUCUAACGGACCACUUCUCUGACCUCUCGCUUUCCUCUGAGCCACGCAAACCCAGCAAGAGACCUCCACCAAACUACCUGUGCCAUCUCUGCUUCAACAAGGGACACUAUAUCAAAGACUGCCCGCAGGCAAGGCCUAAAGGCGAAGGACUGACUCCAUACCAAGGCAAGAAGAGGUGCUUCGGUGAAUACAAGUGCCCAAAGUGCAAGAGGAAGUGGAUGAGUGGAAACUCUUGGGCCAACAUGGGACAGGAAUGCAUCAAAUGCCAUAUCAAUGUUUAUCCUCAUAAACAGCGUCCUUUAGAGAAACCCGACGGCCUGGACGUUUCCGACCAGAGCAAGGAGCAUCCGCAGCAUCUGUGUGAGAAGUGCAAAGUCCUGGGCUACUACUGCCGCCGCGUGCAAUAAAGAGGAUCCAGAGGUCGUCUCUUCCCCUUCCCCAUCGCUUCGCCUACCAAGCACUCCAAGAUAAAGUGAAAAGUGCCAAAAUAUUCAUGUAAAUAUGUCUAACGCUAGUAAUGGCUUUGUGUAUUAGCCGCAUGUGACGCAUUUAUUGUGUAUAAUGGACAUGUUUGGGACAGUAUUUCUAUCCGUACGGGACGCAGUGGAUUACCUCACCAUUGCGUCCCCUGGUUGUGUGUUUACAGACUCCCUUCAUUCUCCCUGCCAAGUGAACUAUGAGGAUGUGCCGAGUGCUAAAGGUGUCAUGAUAGGUUGCUCAAACAAAGUGUGCCUUUGAAGAGUUUUUGGGUCAAUAGCACAUCAUAUUAACUGUGAAUUAACAGAGGGAUAAUGGACUUUCCAUCCCUGGCUUUUGUGUCACAUAUUUAUUUAUGUUUGUAUAUCGUUUUUUUGUAGUGCAAUUGAAUGAACUAAACUGGGAUUAUUUCAUCUGGACAGGAAUUGUCUGACCCCACCUCUUGCCAUUAGAAACUACUGUAGAAUAGAACUUUCUAAUGCUUCGGUUUAGCGCAUCAGGUAGUUUGUGUCUUUCACAUACACAUAGAAAUUGCCAAACGCGAGAUUUUUUUGUGUGAUGUUGGCUCAAUGCAGUCAUCCAGAGGAUUUGAAUCAAGCUGUUUGGCAUCUAUGCAAAACCAUUGCAGAUUAUGCAGUUCCUUUUGUUGUCGCAUGAAGUGUAUGGAUGAACGAAACAAAGCCAUGACUAGCUGGUCGUCUUCGUCCUUUGAAAGGUGAUCACGCAUGUUGCCGGAGAACUGCUUCAAACGUCUUAGAAACCCAGGUAAAGCUGAAGUGUUUUGGUACAGGGGUCAAAAUGUGCGCUUUUCGGUCCAUGUGCUAGCAUAUAAUAACAACACCUGUUUUUCACUGAGAUAUUCGCCUCAGGAUAUAGAGUGUGUUUAUAGACACAUCUUAGAUGAAAUGGUCUACAUGUGUCUUAAAUGAACACUGCUCAAGAAAAUGUCAAAUAGUCAAUUCACUAUCAUGCAAACAUUUAUUUCUAAAUUCAAGAUUCACUGUUAAAACUAAAAUAGGGUUUUCCAAAACAACCUUACAGUGAAAAAAAGGGAACUUUACGCAAUGAUAUUACGCAUUGCUUAAAAAUACCUCUGAAUCAUCUUGCACAAAUGUCCCCAUGGUUGUAAGGCACACUCCCUGUGCAAGCAGAUUGUCAUGUUGGUUAUAUUGACGCAAACUAGAUAGUUUUCAGGUGCUACGCAAUGUCAUUGCACCUGCUUCAGCCAUGGUACAGCAGCAAAGUUCCAUAAUUAUUAUGAAGAAACGAGAGUAGAGUCAUGAUGGCCUAGAAAAUGCCAAACUUUUCAAUUUCCGUGUACCUUAAGCCCUGCUCACACUGUGAGAUUUCAGCCACGAUUUUGUCAUCUGAGACAAAUUUGGGAAAUCCUAAAAGAUUGCUGGAAUCCUAGACUAAAAUCGGCGAUCUUUGAUUGUUGUUUUGACAUGUUCACAGACAGUCGCUUAGUGCCCGUUGCGAUCAGAUUUUUCCUCCGAUGAAGUUCUGGCAGUGUCAGAAGAUUUCAGACAGUUUUCUGCAGCGUGAGAACAGCUGCGAUGAGCGUCAAUCCUAGAACCAAUAGGAGCGACAAAUUUCAUGACGCAAUCCAUGCGACAAUUCAAAUGACCGCGAGGAAAUGUCAAAACUGUUUUUUUCUUUCUGGUUUUAUUAUUGAGACACACAAUGUGCAAAAUUGCCGCUACAGAUUGUUUACAUUUGCUGUGAGGAAUCAUUUCAGAAUGCAGGAUAGUGAAAGUGUCACAGGGAGGCGUUUUCUUUCAUUUUUGGCAUGCCCUCAUUGUCAUUUAGUCUGACUUUAUUACAGCUGAGAUCUUACGGUGUGACUUGGUAGCCAUGUUCGUGUAGUCUGAUAUGCUACAAUCAUUCAGGAUUAUAAAAAAAUUGCACAGUGUGAGCCGGCCUUUAGUGCACGUACAUUAGAAUCAAACUUUAAAUAAGAAAGUAAUCGAAAGUCUUUUGUCAUUUUUGAGUGAGAUGCUAAUGGCCCAAUCUAAUCCAAUACAUUGGUUUAUGCUAAGCUAAAAGGGCUCCCUCCAGACCUGGAUAUCGGCUAAAAUGGAUUGAAAAAUGGUAAAACUCAACUGUUUAACUCAGGGGGAGUUAUAAAAUAAAAAAUAAGUGGAGUGUUCAUCUCAAGCAACUUUAUAGUAAUUUUAAAAUUACAUUUAUGUAAAACGUUGUUUGUAGAUGCCAACAAAUAACCUUAAGUUUUGAGCUUGACCCUUGCACUAAAUUAAGUUUUAUUAAAGAGAUUUUCCAGUGUUUACACAAUCAUUCUGAUCUUAUUUCAGUAUGAAAUCCUUAAUGUUUAUUGCCUAACCCUCGUAUACCUAUGCUUCAGCAUAACAUGCAUAACUGAUGAAUUACACCCUGUUUAUACUGUGAUUUUUGGGAAGUGUUUUCUAUCCGAGUGGACAAAUAUAUUGUUGUAAAGGGAAAAGAAGGACAAAGUAAGUAACCCUGAAGAGAUUUUUGAGAAGAAAUAAAACAACACUUUGGGUACAUAUGAUUGGUCAGAAGAUAUUUCGGUUUGACAGAAUUAUGAAAAGAGCAUGUUAAUAUUGGAUGGAAGUAAGUGUGCGCAGGAUCUCAUAUAAAUAUAUGUGCCGUUACCUCUCAUUAUGGUUCACACACAGUACUAACUGAUCGUAUUUGAGUGUGACCCAGAACUAUUGAACAAUAAAUGUAGCUUUACGUGUUCCAGCAGGAAGUUGUGGGUGGAUUUUGUGAGAAUUGACAUUGCUUUGUUAAUCCUAGAUGUACAUAUGAAGUUACAUGCAUUUAUACAAUGUGUAUAAUUGUUUACUUAUCUUUGGAGUCCACAUAUUUUGUGUCGAAUAUUAGUUCGUGUUUCAUUUAUUGGGAUAAACUUUGAUAUCUUGCCUGAAGGGAACGUCUAGUGCCUUAACCCGGUUUGUUUAUGAGAAGAUCGAGAUGUCGUCGUGUAUGAUCAAGUAUGAGGAAUAUAAAAAAAAAAGCUGGUUCAAUGUCUAAAAAUGUAAACCAGCUAAUUCUGCUUAAGUGAACAUUUUUAUUUCAUUAUGGGUAAUUCAAGCUGUACAAACUGCCAGGGAGUCAAUCAUUAGAUCACAGUUAAAUUAAAAACAAAGCUGUUUCCGUAAGUCGCUACUUUGUUCAUUGGACGUCGUCAUUGUUUCUGAGAGGCUUUAUUUCUUGGUAACUGUGUUUUUGCUAACGGUGUUGCUAAUGGCUUCACUCUGCGUACAUUCUUACAUGCCAAGGUUUACUUCAGGCCUCAUUUAGGCUGGAAUGAGUUACUCUGCUUUUUGAUAAACACCAUAAUGAAUGGCGUAAUGAAAAUAACCAGUGAAAUAAGUGAUUCCUGCGCGUUCAUCUAGACAAUUAUAGCUGGUAGUCUGCACGUUAGGAUUUCCUUGCAUCUGUGGGAUCAAUUCAAACUCAAACGACCGAAUGCACCACUAGAUAAAGGCCUCGAUUUGCUUUCCUAAAGCAAAAUAGUUGCAUUGCACUAUUGUAAAAUGACCCAGAGUUUUGUAAAUGUUAAAGGCAGAAUUGCGCAAUUGAGCUUCCCCUGAUUUCUGUCCUAUCAAAUGAAGGAUAGAGCUUGUGGUUUUGAGAGUGAACAUACAAAGUGCUUUUCGCGCAUGUGAUUUUGUCUUGAAAUACAUAUACUUGACUUUUAUAGCUCACUUUCAAUAUAAACGUGUUAUUUUCUAUUAAAGGUAUGUGUAUUUUGGAAACAAUAUAAUGAUUUUGGAGCAAUUUGAUAUCCAGAAGAGAUUUGUUUUGUCGCUUUUUGUUUUCCCUUACAAAGAUACUAGUAUGUGUUUUGUGUAUAUAUUCGAUCGCCAUUAUUAUCAAGUUAGCUAUUUCAAAAUUGUUAUGAUGCAAUAUUAAAACUUUGUAUGUGAAAAAGGGCAACUUGCUGAGAUGCAAAAGAGCUGGGAGUUCUUUUCUUUCUUUCUUUGAUGUAUUACAGUAAUCUUUGGUUAUAUCCUACAGAAAUAUUUAUGGAAGGAUUUUGUUCUUUUUUUUAACAAUUCAAUUCUUUUUUGUAUAAAAUAUGCAACAGAAGUUACUCUAUGAAGAAAUAUUGAUGAUUACAUAGAAUAUUAUUCAAAGGUUGGUACAUAAUUAUUAUGCCCUUACAAGCCAUUUUUAUUUGUGUUUUUUUAGUAUAUAGUAGCCUUAGUUAUGUGUGCUUUGAUUCAUUGUGUGUCUGCUAUACAGCAUGAAUGUUGUGAUUUGCAUUUAUAGGAAAUCUUUAACGCUCGUUCUAACAUCACAAACAGCUGUUUUUCAUAUUAAAGACUGACUCUCACACUGUAGAUCACAGGGCCUUUUUACUGAGGUGUUAUAGAUGCAAAACAGUGGCAAAAAGAUGUGACUAACUCCAGUCAUUGACCAUAACACUGUAUUGCACGUACAAACGUUUUACAUGGUUGAAAUGUGUUAGUGAAUCAGGCUCAUACUGUAUGAAACUGUGAGCCGUCUCCAGUUACUGCCAAGUCCAGGAAUGAUGUCGAAAUGUUUUUCUUCAUAUGUAAAAAAUGGAAAAAAUCCAAGACUAUUUUUCAAAACAAGUGUGUGGGACUGAAAUUUGCAUGUGCAUGUUUUAUUUGUUUAAAUGAAUCAAGAAAUAUAAUUUGUGCAAUGUAUUCUUAUUUAAUAUUAAUACGUUUAAUUCUUGCCAAGGUAUCUUUUGUAGAAUACACCUCUAGAUGUUAGUCAUUAAUAAUGCCUCCGUUCACUCCUAGGAUUUCCAGUCAUUAAUAGAUUUACUGAAUGUACUGAUUUAACACUCAUUUUUGUAAUGUCUGUAAAAUAUUUGUCGUCAUAUUGGAGUGGACAGAGCAACAGAAAGCCUUGAUGAAGGAAUGUACUAGAAUGUAAGAUGAGAUGAAAUCUGUUGCUCGAUGUCCAUGAAACGGCAUUCCGAUAUGUGCCUUAUUUGUUAGUUAGAAAAACUGAAGACUGUGCUUUUAGAAGUUUGUUCAAUUAAAACAUGACUAAAAGAAA